AUGCUUAGAGUUGACAUGGAGGACUUCGACGGUAACAUAAAAUACGCUGAAUAUACAACGUUUCAGGUAGCUGACGAAGCAGACAAGUAUCGCAUUGUGAUUGGAGGAUACAGUGGUACGGCUGGUGACUCGUUGACAGAUGCCUCCGAGAUGAACAAAAUCGCAAGGUAGGUUGGAAUCCGAGGAAUCUUUGCUUAUGGAGUCCGGAACCCUGGAAAUCUUUGCUUUUGGAGUCCAGAAUCCAGGGCUUCGGAAAAUAUCACAAGCAAUCAGGAUCCCACUAGCGACUUUAAUCUGGAAUCCAGGUUCCACUGACAACGAAACCGGAAUCCAGUAGCUGGAAUCCGGAAUCCUCGGCUUGGAAUCCAGAAUCCAAGACUAUCUUGGAUUCCUUUACAAGGGGCCAGGCAGGCGAAUAAGCCCGAGGGAGACAUUGCAUCAUCCAAGUCUAUUGUAGAUAAAAAUACGCCUAAUCUAAAUUUGUGCAUUAAUUUUCUCCACAGUAACAUGCAGUUUACCAACCAAAGACGCAGACAAUGAUCGUAGUCCAAUUAGCUGCGCCCAAAGACACUCCGGAGGAUGGUGGUUUAACAGGUGUAGUUCGGCAAAUCCCAAUGGAUUGUAUCAUAAUGGUCCUUAUAGCGGCCAAUAUUCCGAUGGAGCAAAAUGGGUCACGUUUAGAGGACAUUUCUAUUCACUGAAACGCAUUGAGAUGAAACUAAAACCUAAACGUAAAAAUCUGAUUUCUUCAGAUGUCAAUGUGUUACGAUAACAUUUUGAAACGAUGUAUUCUUAUAUAGAUGUGAAAACCUUUUUAAAAAUUGAACUCUAACUAAUGUUUUGAAGGGUCGGGGUCUCCUGGUUUAAUUUUAUACUAAAUGGUAAGGCGGUGGACCUUCGUAAAGUUUAUGAAUUGUUCUUGUGUUUGUUUUCCAAAGGAAACAACUAUAAACGCGAUCGAAUUUAUUCUAAGCGCAAACGAUUUCUUUAUUCGGCUAGUAAGUAGCCUUUGCAACAAACCUUUCAAAUCCCAUCGAGUACCUUGGUAGCCCACUUCUUUAGCUGUGGUAGUCCACUUCUUUCGCAAUGGUUAUCCGCUUCUUCAGCUAUGGUUGUCCAAUUUUAUUACCUUUGUUAGCUCACGUCUUUGGCAAAUGAUAGCAGAGUCAGACAGGGCGUGCAGACAUGCUUUUUGUCUUUUUGCCAUUUUCAAAUCUCCCAUAAUACAGCUUUUUGUUUAUUGUUGCCAUGGUGAUAUCGAUUUUAGUUAAAACUACAUUAUGACAAACUUGAAUCCAAAAUCAGUCAGUGUUGAAAAUGUCAUAGCGAUCGAGCAAGGAUAAAAUUACUUUUAAGCUAAGGCGAUUGAAAAUUAUCGGUAUGGUCUCCGAAAAACUAUAUCGAAACACUUCACCGAAACCGGACUGGCCGCGCAUGAAAAACCUCUGGCACCCAGAGUAACAGGUAAAGGGCCAUUUUAAUUAAAAGGGCGAAACUUUUUUUUUUUUUGGCCUUCCUAUCUUUUCACAAGUUUUAAAACUAAAUGAAUUAACUUCAUGUAUUCGCAUACAUGUGUCAUGAAUUUUACUAAUUUAAUAAGAGAACCCUACUCAAUGAAAAAUCGGCAGGUGUCUUUGUUGAUUGGAUAGACCUUUAUUCUAUGGAAAUUGUAUUUGGAUCACACACGCGUUAGUCUGGGGGCCUUAAAAUCCAGCAACCGGUUCUUUGGCAAAACUUCAUUUUUAGAAAAGCAAAAUAGAAGCCGGUCCCGCCAUCAUAAAUGUUUUUUCUACCUCUAAUCGUUUUUUUCGUGACAACUGUACACAGUACAAGCCGUAUUUCAGCACCUGAAUUUCGAGCUGUUAACUUUGCUCAGGCAAAAGAAAGGCGAAAGUUGAACGGAAGCGUGAUAAAGCAAGUUGAUAUGAUGUCAGAGGAUGAGUGUAGUCUUCAAUGCGUCGGGGAUGAACGAUGCCUCUCUUACAACUUUGGGAAUACAAGAAACGAAUCAGGAACAUUCGUGUGUGAGCUGAGUGAUUCCGACAGAUUUUUUGGCUUUGGUAAUUUCACAGAAGAUGACAAUUUUACGUACAGAGGAAUGCAGGUAACAAUCGCUACGAUAUACAUUGUAUGAAUUUAAGCUUUUUUAAUUUAACCGUCUUAUUUUCCCUUAAACAGGAAAAUCCCAUUUAUAAAUGAUUUCACUAUUUGAUUGAGAAAGUUUCUCUAGACUACUGGGGGAUUUCACGCUACAGAUAAUAUAAAAUAAUUCGGACCGAUUACUGUACUGUUUUCACAGUGACACCGUAAAUUCGGUCAAACUAUUUCAGGAAAGGUUGAUCACCGUUCGAAUAGAAGCUUUUUUCUUUCUUCCCUUCAGAAUUUAGAAAAGACCAUCUUUUAGUUGCGUCGAUCACCUUUCGUAUUCUCCAACAUAAAACCCAAAAUAACGGACACAUACAUUAUUAACACUCCUUUGAUUUAAUUGGGACUCGUUCAAUAUAAUUGGGACUAAUUGGUGUUAGCUGUUAUCGCCUGUUACCAGCCAUAAGAGCCAAUCAGGAUCAAAAUUAUCAGUUUGGAUGAGAGUUCGUCUAAUGUUAUAAGAAUAGCAGGAUGAAUAAUAAUAUAUAAUAGUACACUAAAUCCAAUCGCAAGUUUGUCAGAGAAUAACAUGAUAAUAUGCUACAUUCCACAAGUGUGAAUUUGGCCAGUAAGAUAAAAAUCUAUUUCAUGACAAGUGUGCAUAGUUCUUGAGUACAUACUAGAAUGCUGCACACAUAUAUGCACAUUUCAAUUCAUUCGCUUCCGUGAACUCAUUUAACUUUUUUUAGUGUUUAUUUAUUAAAAACGUGAAAGUUUUAUUCGUUUUCAAAUAACCGAUAGGCUUGUUAAGCUAGCACCAAUGAAUCUGUGGACUGUUCAAGGAUAACACGAAAAUCGAAAAUUACUUGAUGUCUUGAACUUGGAUGAAGUGUAACUUAUAACAAGCAUGCAACUCUCCCAGGAUCUCCCGAUAAUUAAUCACUGAUAAAAUAAACUAAAUGAGAACAGAAAACAGAACGAGUCAACACUGCCGAAAGUUUAUCAGUUGUCACAUGACCAUUGCUGAAAGAAGGUCAAAUACAGACCUGGACGGACUCUGCGUCGCAUUAUCAAAUGCCUUUAAGUUCCUUUUUUGCUAUUCCAAGCAUUGUCUUAGGGAUGGAUAUGAUCGCCGGUCUUUUAAAAAUUGUUUUCAGCAGAGGCUAGUUUUCUAUUAGAUUCUAGUUUGCCAUCAAUGUAUUUUUAAGAUCUUGUACCCCUGGGUGAUAUGUUGUAAGGAAAAGCAAUAGUCUCACUUGACUUUUUUGCUUUUGUUUUUUAAUUCGUCGACCUUCCUAUAUCUUGUGUAGGAUACCCGCGUACCGCUCGAGGUCUUAUUUAAAGUUCGCAGGGCACUCAUCAAAUAUUUUGUUUUUGAAGAGUUUGUUCAAAGCAGUCUCAUUGCUUUGCCUUCAAUGAAGCCUCUUUUUACUCCCAGAGGGUGGUACGAGGUAAAGUGUGUAUUUUUGUUACAGUCCCCACGGACUAAACGUCAUCAAUGUAACGAUUCUUUAAUCUUGGCGUGGUAUUGCUUUGUUGGAUUAGGUUUGUUUCAACCUCUGCCAUGUACAUGUUUGCAACAAUGCUGUUUUUCAGCCCAAUUCCAUCCCAAUGGGUUUGGAGAUAAUUGUUUCCAUUAAACUCAAAUGAGUUUUCUGUUUGCAUUAGGCCAAGCAUUUCCCUAAGGUAGAGUGUGGGGAUCAGAGGAUCAUUGUUGAGAAACAACUCGUACACUAUGGUGUAUGCUUUGCAUACUAUUUCCGUUCCCUCUUCUUGCGAUAUGUUCGGGCACAAGAUAGUAACACCCAUUGAUGCUAAAAUAGCAUCUUGGCCUUUGUUUCUUUUUGCCAUAAAAUUUAUAAAAUCAGUAGUAUCCAAGAUGUUUAGAAAAACUUUGCAAUGCAUGUAACUUUUAUAACUUAUUUUUUAACCCUCGAAAACAAUUACAUGUUGAAUAGCAGCCAUGUGAUUUAAACUUAAUCAACUAAAAGAUUGUUGUAUAAUUUGGGCUAACGGCCAUUCAGUGCGAGUCCUGAGCUGUACACCAAUUCGACCUGCCAGGCAAUUUUUAUCGAAAAUCAGUCAACUUCAAUGGAGAAGGCUGAGAAAGUCUUCUAAAAAGUUACACCUGCACGAAAGACGACUUGUUUGAUGCUUUACUGAACUCAAGCAAUUAGCCUUUCUAAGAAAAAUUUUAAAGAUUACUAAAUUAGCUUAAUCUUUCAAUGAAAAAUUUCAUUCUAAUUAAAUUAAAACUUACAAGUUGGUUUUAAGUCGUUGAACUUGUUUUUUUUUUUUGUUUUGUCCCUUUUUUGCGACCAACUGAAAAAAUCGCCAUCAUGUUGGUGGUAAUGUUCCUUCUCGGAAUGAUAAAAUUUGAAACGUGCGCGAACAAUAGCUUAUAAGUCUUAUGAAAAAAACUGUUCCAGAAUCGGUUGUCAGUGAUCUUUGUUAUAUUCUGUACAGAGUGUGUGCGAGUCCAGCAGCAAAAACCCGCCUUGCGGCGACAAAGGUAUCUGUAUCCCAGAUUACUCCAAAGAAAGCUUUAGAUGUAAAUGUGACGAUGGUUAUGAGGGAAUACCGUGCGGUAAGUGUCAAAAGCCUCGCUACCUCGGCCGGGUGUUACUUUUUAUCUAUGGUAUUCUCAAUUUGUGCCUUAAAGGAUAUUGCAGUUAUUUUUUAGUAAAUACAAACUUCGUUUUUCGAACCAAAGCGUUCAAUAUAACAAAUCGUCGAGAAAAUGCUAGUGGCCUAGUGCCCAUAAACCAGAAUGAGAAAAACUUGGUUUGAAAUGUAUCUUUAACUCCCAAAUUAACUUAAUAAACUCAGAAUUUAAAUCCAAAGAGGUUAUUGAAAUAUUAAAUGCCUCUUUCAGAUACAAUGAAAGACUGCUCAAAACUUGGUAAGACCGGUUUUUCAUCGAAUGGCGUAUACCACAUCAAUCCAGACGGUGGAAGCCCAAUGCAAGUGUUCUGUGAUUUGAUCACGAACGGCAGUGGUUGGACAGUCUUUCAAAAACGGUUAGAUGGCUCCGUUGAUUUUUUUCGCAACUGGGAAUCAUACAAAAAUGGGUUUGGAGAUCCAAAUGGCGAGUUCUGGCUUGGAAACGACAAACUUCACCGUUUAACAUUUUCCGAUGAUGUAAUGCUUAGAGUUGACAUGGAGGACUUUGAUGGCAACAUAACAUACGCUGAAUAUACAACAUUUCAGGUAGCUGACGAAGCAGACAAGUAUCGUAUUGUGAUUGGAGGAUACAGUGGUACAGCUGGUGACUCGUUGGCAGAUGACUUCGAGAAGGGAAAAAUCGCAAGGUAGGAACGGUUGUGACUAGAAUGGAUACCUUAAAAUCUGGUUGGACACCUUAUGUUUAUUAAACAACGUUACCUCUGUACGACGCUAUACUAUAUUUGUGACCCUAUUUGGGAAAACCGGGCUUAACGAAAACCGCGUUCAAAUGCAUUUCAACGAAUUUUAAAUGCAUUUAGAAUGCAUUACAACGCUGGAGAACGAUUCACAACGCAUUUGCAAUGUUCCCCAAUUCAUUCAUGAAACACCGCCAAUGUUCUUAAAUGUUCAAGAAUGAUCUUGAAAUGAUUUCCAAUGCAUUAGCAAUGCACUGGAAACGCUUCACAAAGCUUGUUUAGAAAAUUGUAAAAUCAGAAUGAAAAUAAUAAUUUCAAUUCACCUUUGGAGUGACAACGUGGCAAGUUAAAUAAACUCUGCGUUCGGUCAACAUAAAGAUCUGAAAGAUUAAGCCCCGGCUAAACGAUCAAAUAGUUUCAUCCAACAUCGUUUUGGAAGAGCAUCUUUGACCGUUUAGCCGCCUCUCUCAUACGCAUUUAAGUGGCUUUUCCAUGUUUGAUCUUGGUCAAAUAUUUUCAACCAACAUUUCGCGUUACGAACAAAUGUUUAGAGACCUUUAGCAUCAGGUAAACCGCAAACCGCAGACCGCAAACCGCAGUUACGCGUUUGCAGUUUCGCGUUGCCGAGAUUUCAAACUUUAGCAAGGCGUUCAGUUCAGUUCAGUUCAGUUCAUUUUUAUUUAGCCAAAAUACAAUACAAUACAAGAAUACAUAUUGAAAUUGUAAGGUUGCAAGGGAGCCCAGAAGAAACCAGAAGGCUUUAUGAAGCCUGGGCUCCCCAGUCUAAAAGAGAUAAGCAAAAUAAAAUGAUAUUCGCGGAGUGAUACGUUAAAAAUAGGAACCAAACAGAGACUGAGUUAAGUUAUGAAUUCAGAAACAAGAUAGAAAAAAAAAAUUUAACUCUGGAUUGGAACAGAAUACUUUGCUUUGUUGGUACGGCAGAAAGGAAUAUAAAACUGAUUUGAACUACGCGUUCAUUGUUUAGGGCCGCCAUGUUGUUUUCAUCAAGUCGAAGUGCAUCACUUUAAUCGCCCAAAACUCAGCAAUAAUUCAUUGAUUCGAGAUCAAAAAUCCAACAAACACAUCGCAAACGGAUACAAAAAGCUAGUUCAUACCUUUAAACGCGAGGCUGUACAAUUUUUGGUGGCAAAAAACCUUGCCGUAAAUCACUUACCGCUGGAAGCCCUUCCUGCGGUUCAAACGUGAACUGCAAACUGCAAACGUGACUGCAAGGCCGUGGUCACGUGACAUUUUGCGGUUUGCGGUUUCCCACGAAAAACCUGAUGCUAAAGGUCCCUUUUGAUCGUUUAGCCACCUCAACAAACAAAUUGUGCACAGCUAGUAAAAAGCAACCUAAUAAACUACAGAAAUAAAUAAUUUCGAAAUUUCAGCGAUAAUAAGCAAAAAUUGUUCUGUGGACUCACUGUGUCUGGUGUUCGUUCGAGUUCCCUUUUUUUUAGAAUGAUUCGCUGCGCUGCUUGAAAUGUUUUCAAGGACAUGCGAUGUACUGCACGUCGGUAUUUUGUUUUCACUUUAUUAUAAACUCGGCCGGGUUUCGAAAAAAAUAGCGUUGUUUUCUUGGCUUUGUCGUUCGCUUUUGGCUCGUAAUUCUUUUUUAUUCUUAUUUUUCCAUUUGGUGGUUAGAUUUUUUCCCCAACAUAAGAUUUUCCAACAGAAGCGACUUUAUUCUUCGUAUCAAGCUUUUCUUAUCUCCUCGUGUAAUCUGAUCCUUUUUAGUGGUGAGAAUUGCUUGUUUCACAUGGAAAACUUUUCUUUGUUUAGACUGUUGUUUUACAAGCUUCUCUUCGUUAAAACCUUGCAUUAAUGGCUCCCUAAAUUAAUACAAUGCAUCAAGUUUUCAUUUUCCAUGACUGCCGGGGCCAGAUUUAGGUGAACAAACAAUAAACGCGUACCACAUUCAAGUUCAGUCUUCGCGUGCCGCUGAGGAAAGAACACACGUGCGCCAAGUAUAGUUUACCGCCUUUUGAUUGGCUGAAACUGUCACACCACUUGGUCUCAGGGGAAUCUACAUUACAUGAGGUUACACUUUUUGAAGCUCGAUCGAGAAUUUUUCUGCCUACAGCCGAGUCUUGCGCGGCUCUAUUCUGCUGCCGCCUCCCCAUCCGAGCGUCUUCGCUCGGAUGGCUCGUUGGCAAUCAGUUUGAGAGCAAGUUAUGAUGGAUUUUUAUUUAAUACGGGGGAAUAAUGCCGAAAGGAGAGAGAAGGACCGCAAACGUUUGUUCGUGACAAUGCUUUGAAUUGUCUGCAUGUCACUCGUUAGCUGCUUGUUAGUGGUUUUCGUGGUUAACGUGGAAAAAGCCACGGACACGAAAGGUGAACGGCCUAGCGUUAACGAUUAAAUUUUGCACGGUGAAAACUAAAUUGGCUGCCUCUACAUCUUGGAAAUUUAAAAGUUGUAAAAUAUCAGGUAGAUUUCUAAAGUUCAAUAUUUUUUUAGAGCAUUUGCUGCUCGAUUAGGACACAGUGCAUGUUCAUUGAUUUCGCCGACAUAUUCAAGGUUCUCGUGUUCUGUUGGGUUGUCUGCACUUUUGUGAAUGUUUUUCAACGCGAUACUGCUUCACUGAAAUGCAUUGUGAACGUUUUAAAACGCGGUGCAAAUGAUUCAAAAUGAAUUCAAAAUGAUCUUCAAUGCAUUUCGUUUUCGUUCGCGAACGUUCUCAAUGUUUUCAAAUGCAUUGAAAAUGAUCUGUAAUGCAUUCGAGCGUUUCCAAAAUGCGUUGAAAUGGAAAAACGGUUCAACGGAGUUUUCGUUAAGCCUGGUUUUCCCAAAUAGGGUCACAUUUAUGAGAAUUUAUUGGGUACGAGAACUCUUAGAAGAGUAGGAGACAGUUGUGCAAGGAAAAGAGUUGAAUACAGGGUUUAGCAGCGAAGUACGGUAAUAAGCGUUAAGCACUGUUUUAAAAACGGUCAGCCUUCAAUAGUGUAAUAAUCAAUGACAUGUAAAGUACGUUAAAAUUAACCGGCCUCGGAAGUUAGCCCUUGAUGGUGUGGUGGAUACGGAUAUGGAUUUUACAUCAAAUGACGCGGGUUCAAGUCCUACAUACUACCUAUAAUACUGUUUUCUUCUGUUUUCUUUCAUCUCUUAUUUACUUCUUUAAGUUAUAAGACGCCUACCAUGUAUGUUGAUUGAAGAUGACAACCUGACUUUGUGAUAUCUAUUCUAGUCACAACCAAGGAAGGUACAAAGCAGUGGCAGAUCCAGACCUUCAUACAAAGGGGGGUGGCCGAUCAUUUAGACCCUCAGAUAAGGAAGGUCGGUCUCCAAAAAAUUUUUUUCCGCCCUUCGGGCAUAAUUUUGGUCUAAAAAUAAGCGCCCUAUGUAUGGUAAUCCUGAUUUCAGAAUCCGGGACUGAUUUUUGCUUGUGGAAUCCGCAAUCCUGGGCAUUGGAAAAUAUCACAAGCAAUGCGGAUCCCACUAAUGACUGUAAUCCGAAAUACAAGUUUCGCUGCCAACGAAACCGGAAUCCUCAGCUUGGGAUCCAGAAUCCAAGACUGUCUUGGAUUCCUUUAUAUGGGUCGAGACAGGCGAAUAAGCCCGAGAGAGACAUUUCAACAUCCAUGUCUAUGGUGGAAAAAAAUACCUCUGAUCUUAACUUUCGCAUUGAUUUUCUCCACAGUAACAUGCAGUUUUCAACCAAAGACGUAGACAAUGAUCGUAGUCCCCAUAGCUGCGCCCAAAGACACUCCGGAGGAUGGUGGUUUAACAAGUGUAGUUUGGCAAAUCCUAAUGGAUUGUAUCAUAAUGGUCCUUAUAGCGGUCAAUAUGCCAAUGGAGCAAAAUGGACCACGUUUAGGGGACAAUUUUAUUCACUGAAACGCAUCGAGAUGAAAUUAAAACCUAAAGAGUAA